AUGGGCUGUACCAGCAGCGUUCCAAACGUGGCCGAAGUUCAUGCGAAUUCUACAGAUGGAACUAUACAACAUUCAGAAUACAACGACAAAAAUGAUAUGAAAGAAGAUAAUGUAGUAACUGUGGAGAAAAAAGAAGAUGUAAUAAAAACAGAAAAUGUGAUUCCUACAUGUGAUAAUAUGCAUAAGCCACUAUUAGAUAGAAAUAAUUGUUUUAAAGUAUCUUCCAAUCCGAAUAUUAUCCAAGGUACAAAUAUGAAAGGUUCAGACGAACCGCAAAAAGUGAAUGAUAUCAUAGACCAAAAUGAUGAAAAUUUGUCGACGCCAAAAAAUGUAUCUUCACUAAAAGAAGUUGUUGAGCAUGUAAUAUCUAAUAAUAUUUUACAAAAAACGCAGAGCAUUGGAGAGACCUCUUCCGUUAUGAAAAAUAGUAUAGAUCAAGAGAAUGAAGAAUCUAAGAUACCAAAAACAGAAUGCAUCGUUCCUGAAAUUACACAAAAACAAUUAAAGUAA